CUUACAACACAGUCAAGAAAACUCCAUCAAAGAAGACUAAGCUAUCUGCACCAAAAAUUGAUCUUGUCAAAACAAAAAUAGUUGAAGAGAAUAUUUUUAUUUCUGAUCCUUGUUUACAAAUGAAAAAAAAACUUGUAGGCUUUAUACCUGACCCUGAUAAGCUUGAAAGUAUGGCUAUUUCAAAAGACAAAUUUCCAGAAAAUUUCAUCAAAGAUACCAGGAAGUCUUCAGAUGAAAGUGAACGCAAAAUUGAAGAAAAUGAACAAUUUAUUAUAGAACUUUUAAGUAAAACACAGCCCCAUCACGAUCAUGGUUACACAACUAUUUUUGGGAAAAGGAAAAACUCUGAACAUGUUGAUGAGUUACUGGAUCAUGUGGAUAAUGAUCCAGAAAGACCAGAAAGUCUAGAAUCUUCAUUGUCAUCAUGGAAGGAAAAUCUAAAUCUUGAGAGUGUAAAACAUGUGAUAUUCAUUGAACCAACUGAUUCAAAGCAGGGAUCAAAGAAACAACCAACUCCUAUUUUGUUUUUGCGGCAUAGGUCACCUGAUGAAAAUGUUCCGAUGGUCAGUGCUGAAGAGAUAAUUGAUGAGCAAACAGAUGAAGAAGAUGUUGAUGUUGAGGAGAUGUCAAAUGAAGAUUCACGAGAAACUGCGCCAAUAAGUAGUGGAGAAAAGCCAUACCCUCCAAUGCCUAAGAGCAUCUUGGCGAGAAGGGGCCGACUUGGUUAUGAUAUACAGGAUAUAUGCUCAGAGACAAGUGAAGAAGAAGACUUCGUCAACAAGAAGAAAAACAAUCCUUUAGGUCGUGAAGGAAGAGAAGGAAAUCUUGGCUGGGAGCCAAAGUUGGCAUUGAAGUACAUCAAAGAGCUAAAGGCACGUAAGAAGGACGAGAAUAUCCCUCUGAGGUGUAAGAUCUGUAAAGAUAAAACAUUCACAGCUACAGCAACCCUAAUGUACCAUUAUCGGAGUCAUGCUGGGAUUAAACCAUUUGUCUGUCUGAUAUGUAAUACAACAUUCACAAGACAACACAGUCUUAAUUAUCAUAUGCUGAUUCAUAAUAAUCAGAGUAGAUUUACAUGCAAAGAUUGUGGUCGUAAAUUUAGGCACCCCAGUCAUUUUAAGGAGCAUUUGAGGAGACAUACUGGAGAAACCCCCUUUGAGUGCCUUGAUUGUGGUCAAAAGUUUAAAACCCGCAACACAUAUAAAAGACAUCUAAAAACCAGACAUGGCAAACUCCUUACAGCCACCGGGAUCCACAUACUAUCCCAGGAAGAGUUUGCAAAAGUAAGAACCAAGAGGUAUCAUAUUCCAAGAAUUUUACCAGAGAUAGGGUAUAAAAUGCCAGAACUAACAUUCACAAAGCUUAAAAGAAAGCAGAGUGGAGAAUUGGAAAAAGUUGAGGAAGAGAAAUUUUUAAGACCUGAAGCUUUGGAGCAUGAAACUAUGAUUCUUGAGGAACUGAAAGCAGAUAUUAAGAAAGAGGCUGAAUCUGGGAAUGAGUCUGAUCCAGAACUUAUAGAUAUCUUAGAGGUAUUGUCUCAAGCAGGUGCUUCUAACAACAGUAGAGGACAAACAAUUAAGCAGGAACCCUUGAGUGAUACAGAUACAUCAGGUAAAGCUGGCACCACUGUUAUUUAUGUUAACAAUAUUGGUGGCAGUAUUACUCAUUCAAAAGGAUUGGUGAAUAUCAAGUAGUCUACUUUGUAAUGCUUGUUUGUAAUUUUUAAUCAUAAAAUAGUGAGUAUGAGAUGCCGAUGUGAUUUUAAAAUUGAUUUUUAAGAACAUUAUCAGGUAUGUCCUUGAAAAGUGAUGAUUGAAUUUGAAUAAAGGAAUUGCAUUAAAUAUAUAUCAGUCAUUGUACAUUGUACAUAUUUUAUAUAAUUUCAUACCUACUAUAGGGGUAAGAGGAAUAGAAUCUGCAUUUUGUAAUGAUUGAGUUUGACCAAAUUGUUGACUUUUUAUACAAGAUUUGUCUUUCAUAGAUCUGUGUUUGAAUUGAUAUCUGCAAACAAAUCGUAUCUUUGAUAGUGAUGUAUAGAUUAAAUAUGUGAAUAUAUUUGUCAAAUGUGCUUAAUUUGUCAGCUGGGUCUGUAAUUGUUAAUUGCUUGCUUUAUAAAAAAAUUAAAAUAGCUACAUGCUUAUACUUAGAUAAAACUUUACUAGGUUAUGAGUGAUUUUUUUUUCAAUAAGUUAUAAUUUCAAUUGAAUGAGCAAUUUUUAAAAGACGUUUUAGUUUUAUAAAGAUACGAAACCGUUGAGACUCAAGGAUCAGUAUAUGUCGAAUUUUUCUUGUUCUAUUUGUUUGGACAAAUACCUUAUGUUUGUGGUAUUAAGGAUGCAUUUUAAUCUAAGCAUACAAUGUAUUUUAAGAAAUAAUUUUCUUAAUAUUUGUAAAAUACAUGUUAUGUAUAUAUGCUUGGAUAAUAAUUUCAUGUGAUUAGUUUAUGAAAUGUUUGUACACUUGCCUUUGUAAAAUAUUUUACAGUUGUUAAAAUGUACAGUGAUUAUUCUUUUAAGAACCAGCACAAGGUGGCAUGAUAUAUUAAUAAAUGUUUAAACAUGUAA